AUGAGUGAAAGUCAUCCAGUGCUUGUUAUCGACAAUGGUGGGUAUACGAUAAAGGCACUUUACAUACAUGACCCCACGAAUACCGUCUCGCACCCACCACGACAGGCCGUUGUGCCUAAUUGUGUUGGUGCUGCGGCCUUUGCCGGACGCGGUAUUGUGGGUGAACAGUUGUUUAAACUACCGCACUUUCAUGGCUUUAUGGUGCGUCGUCCUGUUGAUCGUGGCUUUGUUGUGGAUGCGGCAUUGCAGAGUUAUAUAUGGGAGUACCUCUUGCAGGUCUUUGCAAUUGCAGAUGAGAGUGAUGUGGAACUUCUUCUCACUGUGCCUUUUGCGGCACCAAAGCAGGUAGUGGAAGUAUUACAUUAUUUAGUGGCGCAACGAUUUAAAUUUCGUGCGGUGACUCUCGUAAGUUCCACGUUUCUCGCUUUAGUGGCUGCUGCCUCUGUUCCAUUAUUACAUGGAAGCACGACUGUCAAUAAUAAUAAUAAUAAUAAUAAUAAUGAUAAUAAUAAUAAUAAUAAUAAUAAUAAUAAUAAUAAUAAUAAUAGUAAAAGUGUUACGGAAUUGCGCUAUUAUCUCCCAACAGUACCUCCACUCAUGCCACUUGGUUGCCGUGAGGAGGAAUUACACGAUGCCCUGAAAGGUGAGGCAGUAGCGCCUGACAAACACACUUUGCAGCAUCUUGUCUUCUCCCAUGAGGCAUUUCUCGUUCCGGAGCUUAUCUUUCACCCCGUAGAUGUUGGUAUUCAUCAAAUGGGUGUAGUUGAGGCUAUUUUAAAAGGUACGACACGCAGUUUGAUCUUACGUGAUGCACCAACAUUACAUCAAGCCCUAUGUCGUCGUAUAGUUGCAUUCGGUGGGACAGCCAAGUUUAAGUAUAUGCGGGAACGGCUUUCAAAUGAGUUGCAGAAGGAACUCAUUAAGGAAAUACAACUGGAUAUAUCCACAGGAAUGGCAACAACAACUACUACUACGACUACAAAUACUAAAACUACCAAUCCUGCUACUACGGAAAUACCUAUACUACAACAACUUGUGCAGCGACGUCGCAUUAAAUCUAUAACAAUAGAUGAAAACAAUACACUUGCUUCUUAUUCCUUACACGACACAGAGCUACAACCACUCUACGGGGCACUUUCACUCCUCACACAAGCAUCACAAAAACAUUUACUUCAACAAGUAAGAAAACGAAGCCAUGUGGACUUUUCAAAUAUAAGACAACCAAAAGGGAUUCCACGAACACAGUCAUCCACAAUGCAUAAAACACAGAAAGCUAUUCAAGAUGCACUCAGCGACCUACUGUAA